UUCUGAACUAAUUGUAAAUAAAGCUUUCAGCAUUUGAAUAGAAGGCCGCAAGGCCUUUAGGGAGAUGUAGUCCUCGCUGUGUAUUGUCUGCUUCUUCCGCCUCAGCCUGGUAGAUCGGGACAUCACCGGGCAGGAAAUCGGGUCGGCUAGGAAGCGCUACAGAUGAAGGUGACCAUGAUGACACACAUAUUGUGAGCUGCAUCUCUGGCUUGUACAGGCCAGUUGUGGCCACCAUGCAACAGACAUUGGAACUGGCACUGGAUCGGGCUGAGUAUGUCAUUGAGAGUGCCAGACAGAGACCUCCGAAACGCAAGCAUUCCUCCGGAUCAAGGAAAUCUGUGUUCCAUAAGCUAUAUGACCUGUACAUAGAAGAAUGUGAAAAGGAACCGGAAGUAAAGAAACUAAGGCGAAAUGUGAAUCUUUUGGAGAAGCUUGUCAUGCAGGAGUCUCUUUCCUGCUUGGUGGUCAAUCUCUAUCCUGGAAACGAAGGCUAUUCCUUGAUGCUGCGGGGAAAGAAUGGAUCAGAUUCGGAAACCAUCAAGCUGCCUUAUGAAGAAGGAGAGCUCUUGGACUAUAUAGAUGCAGAGGAAUUGCCACCCAUUUUAGUGGACCUUCUGGAAAAGGCUCAGGUAAAUAUUUUCCACUGUGGUUGUGUAAUUACUGAGAUACGGGACUACAGACAAUCUGGCAAUUUAAAAUCGCCAACUUAUCAAACCAGGCAUGUCCUCCUGAGGCCGACCAUGCAGACUCUAGUUGCCGACAUCCAUGCCAUCACCAGUGACAAUCACAAGUGGACACAGGAAGACAAGUUGCUGUUGGAGAGUCAGCUGCUCCUGGCGACUGCUGAACCUCUAUGCCUUGACCCAUCCAUAUCUGUUGCCUGCACUACAAACCGUCUGCUGUACAACAAACAGAAGAUGAACACGUGUCCUAUGAAACGGUGUCUGAAGCGAUACUCCAGACCAGCUCUGAACAGGCAGCAAGAAUUAUCCAAUUGCCCCAUCCCACCCCAGCUCAAGCUUCUAGAUUAUCUACAUAAGAGGAAGGAAAGGAAAGCCUCACAACCUCAGUUUGACCUUAAAAUAUCCAAAACUGGAAAUUAUGUCGACUUAUGGAAAAAAAAUCCUUGCUCUCUUGCGGUACCCUCUGAAGUGGAUGUUGAAAAAUAUGCAAAAGUGGAAAAAUCCAUCAAACUUGAUGACUCGCAACCUGCUGUCUGGCCACCAGAUGAAACAAAAGAUGACUAUAUAUUCGAAUGUGAAAACGGUACUCCCUUCCAGAAGGCGAAGCUAACCAUUUAUCAGAAUGUAGGAAAUCCUUUGUAUUUUGGUAAAAUGCACACUUCUACAUCCAAUGAAGAUGAUUCCUUCCACAGCCCUCAUUCUCAAUUUCUUAUUGGGUCUAAAAUUGAUAUUGAUAGAGUUGUCAAUCAGUACCAGGACUUGUUUAAAAGUGAAUCCAAGGGGUUUGUGAAGAUGACUUACAAUCCGGGAGGGGUGUCGAGCCAAAGCCCCCUCUCUCCAGGCAAGGAAAUAGAGUCGGAUGGCAUCACAGGCUCGAUCCAGUCAUCCAUGUUGGGGAAAGGGAUGAAGCACAGACCAUCGCCCAUCAAACUUCCUUCCAACUCUGGGAGCAGCUCUUCUGGUAAUAUUUUUAGUUCCCAGCAGUCAAGUGGCCACCUCAAAUCCACAACUCCACCGCCAUCUAAACCUCCCAGCAUCUCCCGUAAACAGUCCGUGGACCUUAACCAAGUCGGCAUGCUCUCCCCUGCCGCAGUGUCACCCGCAGGCUCUUCACAAAGAUCUGGAACUCCUAAACCAUCUACUCCUACACCAACCAACACCCCUUCAUCGACACCGCACCCACCCGAUGUUUCGACCUCCGCUUCUCUCACUCCUUCUGUAACCCCCACACCCCAAGACUCAAGUUUUAAUACACAGCCUACUUUGAUAGCACCGUUUGCUCAACAGCAAAUGUCUCUGAGUCAGGGGUUACCUGUAAUGACCAUUCCACUGUCCACCAUGGUAACAUCUAUAACAACUGGGACAGCCUCCACCCAAGUAAUGACAAACCCCGGAGGACUUAAUAUCAUCAAUGUAGUUGGAUGCGGCCCACAGGCAUUGAUGAGUGGCUCAAAUACCAUGCUGGGGUGUAGUACUGGUGCCAUAACCCCAGCAGGGAUAAAUCUGAGUGGCAUUUUACCAUCAGGAGGCCUGGUGCCAGGUACAAUGCCAGGCACAUUACCGGCUGCCAUGCAGUCUGCCUCUCAGGCAGGUGGUCCCUUUGGUAUAAAAAACAAUCCCAACUUGAGACCAUUAAAUCUGCUACAGCUUCCUUCACUUAUAUUCAAUCCAAUGCAACAACAACAGCAGCCGCAGCUGUCCCAGUACUCCCCACAGCAGUCCCAGCAGACCUCCACCUCCAGCCCCCAGCAAAGUGACCAGCUGGGGCUGAUCCCAUCGGGAAUGGAGCAAGGUCCUAGCGGUCAGGAGCAGACGUUAUCUUCUCAGCAAGCAGCUGUUAUUAACCUAACAGGAGUAGGUGGUUUCAUGCCUCAGCAGACAGCUGUGUUAUCUCAGCUCGGCUCUGCUGUGAACAGAUCCGGGCCCAAACUUCCACACAAGAAUAUGCAUCUAUCUCCUACAGCUCUACAACUGCAAAAGCAGCAACAACAGCCUCCCAUACAAUUGCAAUUCUUGCAACAACGAAUGCAGCAAAUGGCUACGGCAGCAGCACAAAUUCCACCGCACCCUCCACCUCGUUCAGACAGCCGAUCAAGAAAUAAGUGAAGAGGACACCUCCCAACACCCUGGACCCAAAAAGCUG